CCCCCCCUCCACAGCCACAAUCCCCGAUGGUGGCCACAAUGAGCGGCGCAGCCUUGCCCAUGUCCAGCCUGCUGGAAAAGAUGACAUCCAGCGACAAAGACUUCAGGUUCAUGGCCACCAGCGACCUGCUGUCAGAGCUGCAGAAGGACUCAAUCCAGCUGGAUGAGGACAGUGAGCGCAGGGUGGUGCAGACGCUGCUGGGGCUGCUGGAAGACAGGAAUGGUGAAGUGCAGGGCCUGGCGGUCAGGUGCCUGGGCCCCCUGGUGGGCAAGGUGAAGGAAUGCCAGGUGGAAGCCAUCGUGGAGGCGCUGUGUGCCAACAUGCGCUCAGACAAGGAGCAGCUGCGGGACAUCGCUGGCAUUGGGCUCAAGACCGUCCUCUCCAAGCUGCCCCCCGCAGCCACAGAGUCCAGCUUGGCCACCAGCGUGUGCCGGAAGGUAACGGGCCAGCUCACUGCUGCCAUCAUCCAGCAGGAGGACGUAGCACUGCAGCUGGAAGCCCUGGACAUCCUGUCAGACAUGCUGAGCAGGCUGGGCGCGCCCCUCGGCGCCUUCCACGCCGGCCUCCUGCACUGCCUGCUGCCGCAGCUGGGCAGCCCACGCCUGGCCGUACGCAAGCGGGCGGUCGGGGCGCUCGGCCACCUGGCGGCCGCCUGCUGCAGCGACCUGCUCACCCAGCUCGCCGACCACCUGCUGCAGCGCCUGCCCAGCCCGCGCGAGCCCGCCUGCCCCACCUGCCCCGCCGCCGCGCGCACCCUGGUCCAGUGUGUGGGCAGCGUGGGCCGCCAGGCCGGCCACCGCCUAGGGGCCCACCUGGACCGCCUGGUGCCCCUGGUGCAGGACUUCUGCAGCCUGGAUGAUGAUGAGCUCCGGGAGUCCUGCCUCCAGGCCCUGGAGGCCUUCCUGAGGAAGUGCCCCAAGGAAAUGGGCCCUUACGUGUCCAGCGUGAUAAGCCUCUGCCUGCAGUACCUGAAGCAUGACCCCAACUAUGACUGUGGCAGUGACGGGGACAAGGGGCAGAUGGAGACGGAGGACAGUGAGCUCAGUGGGCAAGAGAGUGAGGAUGGGUACAGUGACGAGGAGGACCAGAGCUGGAAGGUACGGCGAGCGGCAGCCAGGUGCCUGGGGGCGCUGCCCUGUUCACGGCCCGACCUGCAGGCCGAGCUCCUGUGCUCGCUGGGGCCCCCGCUCAUCCAUCGCUUCCGGGAACGUGAGGAGACCGUCAGGGCCGAGGUGUUUGCCACCUACUCGGAGCUGUUGCACCUGGCACGGGCCCCGGGAGGCUGGCCAGAGACACAGGAGGAGGCAGGGGAGCAGGGGAGCUUCCGUCACCUGCUGCGGGGACAGGUGCCCCUGGUGGUCAAGGCCCUGCAGCGACAACUCAAGGACCACAACCCACGGGUGCGCCAAGCCUGCUUCAGCCUCCUGGGUGAGCUGGAGGCAGCGCUUCCAGGCAGCCUGGAGGAGCACACGCCCAUGCUGGUGACAGGCCUGGUCUUCUCACUCGGAGAGCGGUCUGGCCCCUCGGCUGUGCGCCUGGACGCCCUAGCCCUCCUGCAGCAGCUGAUUGGCACCGAGCCGGUGGCUACCUUCGCCUCGCACCUGCCCACCCUCCUGCCUGCCCUGGAGGGCUGUGUGGCCGACCCCUGCUGCCGGCUGGCAGCUGAAGGCCUGCGGGCGCUGCAGGAGCUGGUGAGGGUGCUGUGGCCCCUGGACGGGCCUGGUGCCCUGGACCCGCAGCCCCACGUGGCGAGGGUGGCAGCAGCCUGCCUGUCCCGGCUGCGUGCAGUUGACCUGGACCAGGAGGUGAAGGAGCGCGUACUGGCCUGCACCGGGCACCUGCUGGCCCACCUGGGCGACCGCCUGGCCGGGGCCGAGGUGCUACUGCUGGGCCUGCUGCUGGAGCGGCUGCAGGGCGAGGCCACCCGGCUGCCUGCCACCCGGGCCCUGGCGCUGGCCGCCGCCUCCCCGCUGUUGCUGGACCUGCGGCCCCUGCUGGCCGAGGCACUGCCCCUGCUCGCUGGGUUCAUGCGCAGGGGCCCUCGGGCUCUCAGGCUGGCUGCCCUGCAGGUCCUGGAAGCGCUGGCUCGCACCCGGGGCCCCAGCCUCCCAUCGCCUGCCCUGCAGCCCGUGUUGGCUGAGCUGCCCACUCUGCUUGGUGAUGGUGACAUGCCCGCGGCACAGCUGGCCUUGGAGCUCCUGGCCGCCCUGGCCCAGGCCCAGCCGGCCUGCUUGGCCGAGGUCAGUGGCCCGGUGCUGGAUGCACUGCUGGGGCUGCUGUGCUGGCCGCUGCUGCCCGCAGGGGUGCUGGCGGCGGCCGAGGCACUGCUGCAGGCACUGGCCGGGGGGCGACCGCCCUGUGUGGACUAUGCCCGCCUCACCCGGCUGCUCAUGGCACCCGUGAUCCAGGCCCCUGCGGCCGGCAGGCCCGGGCCGCCCAAGCAAGCCCUGCAUUCCCUGGCCCGCUGCCUGGCCACGCUGGCGGCCGCCUGUCCCCAGGAGGCGGCGGCCACUGCCCAGCGGCUGGUGGCUGAAGCCCGGUGUCCCGACUCCAGCCCGCACAUCCAGGUGCUAGCCCUGCUCACGCUGGCUGAGCUGGGCGCCGUGGCGGGGCCAGGCCCACAGCGGGAGCUCAAGGCCGCACUGCUGGACGCUCUGGGAUCAGCCAGCGAGGACGUGCGGGCGGCCGCGUCCCUGGCGCUGGGCAGGGUGGGCGCGGGCAGCCUGGCCGACUUCCUGGCUCUCCUGCCCGCCCAGCUGCGGGCCGAGCCACGCCACCAGUACCUGCUGCUUGGCGCACUGAGAGAAGCACUGGGCAUGGCUGUGCCUGACAGCCUGAGGCCGCACCUGGAGGUCGUGUGGGCCUUGCUGCUGCCCCUCUGCCAGGUGGAUGAGGAGGGCACCCGUGGCCUGGUGGCCGAGUGCCUGGCCAGGCUGGUGCUGGCCAACCCACCCUUCCUCCUGCCCCGCCUCCGGAUGCAGCUGGCCGCAGACCAGCCCCUCACGCGGAGCACAGCCAUCAUGACAGUCAAGUUCCUCAUCUCAGACCAGCCCCACCCUGUCGACCCGCAGCUCAAGACCAUCAUGGGUGACUUCCUGGAGAGCCUUCGGGACCCGGACUCUGGCGUGCGGCGGGCGGCGCUGGCCCUGCUCAACUCGGCUGUGCACAACAAGCCCUCGCUGGUGCGAGGUGAGCUGGGCACCGUGCUGCCCCUGCUCUACCAGGAGACCCGCGUCCGCAGAGAGCUCAUCCGCGAGGUGGAGAUGGGACCCUUCAAGCACACAGUGGAUGAGGGGCUAGACCUGCGGAAGGCGGCCUUCGAGUGCAUGUACUCGCUGCUGGAGCGCUGCCUGGCCCAGCUGGAGCUCGGAGAGUUCCUGAGCCGUGUGGAGGAUGGCCUGAAAGACCACCCUGACAUCCGGAUGUCCACCUUCACCAUGCUGGCUCGGCUGGCAGCCCUGUGCCCCGCCUCCGUGCUGCAGAGGGUGGAUCGGCUCAUGGAGCCCCUCAGGGCCACCUGCCUGGCCAAGGUGAAGGCGGACUCCGUGAAACAGGAAUUUGAGAAGCAGGAGGAGCUGAGGCACUCUGCCAUGAGGGCCGUAGCCGCCCUGCUGAGCAUCCCAGAAGUGGGCAAGAGCCCCAUCAUGGCCGACUUCCUGUCCCAAAUCCAAUCCAACCCUGAACUCAAGGUUCUUUUUGAAAGCACCCAGAAGGACUCGGCUUCAGGACGCAGCACCGACACCACAGAGCUCAGCUAGGGGCAUGGGGGUAGACUGUCCCCUGGACCCAGGCCUGGUCCCCCUUGCUUAUCUGGGGUGGGUAAGGCUUAUCCCCAACUCACUGGCCCUUUCCUCAGGAGAAAGCAGCAGGGUACCAAGUGCCCAGCUGUGACCUCACUCACUGGUCAGGGCCCCACUCCAAUGCCUGAGUAACUUAGCUGCUUCCAGUUACAUCACAGAAUCCAGACCCAUUUUCUUUCUCACUGAGGAAGCACUGGCCCAGAAAGCUGCUCGUUACCCUGCCAUAGGGUAGGGCCCUGAGCCUAAGUGGGGGAAAAGGACAAAGAGAAGCCACCUUUCUCACCCUGAGCAGAACAAGUGCAGUUGGAAAUGACAAACUGGAUAAUGUACCUGCUGCCCUGGGGGAAUAAAGUCGAAACUGUCUCC